AUUUUUCCUUUGCAGCCACUCUCCCAAGCCCCCCUGAGGCUGCAGAGGACGAGGUGAAGAUGGUGCAGCUGCAGCAGAACAAACUCUCCGUUCAGUCCAACCCCUCCCCGCAGCUCAGGGGGGUGAUGAAGGUGGAAAACUCUGAGAAUGUGCCCAGUCCCACCCAUCCCCCAGUGGUCAUCAACGCUGCAGAUGAUGAUGAAGAUGAUGAUGACCAGCUUUCUGAAGAAGGAGAAGAAACCAAAACCCCAGUCCAGCCCCCACCCACAGAAACCCACAAUGGCCUGAGGGUGAUUUCCACCAGGAAAUCCAAUCCCAGUGCAAAGCAAGAUGACAACUUAAAUUUUGGAAUAAAAACCUUGGAAGAGAUCAAACUGAAGAAACUCAAGGAAAAAGCCAAAAAACAAGGUGAAGGUCCUUCAGGAGUGGCUGUGGAUCCUCUCCAAGCCCGGAGCAUUCCUGUGCCAGAGAAGGAAAAUGUCAGGACAGUGCUGAGAACUGUGACCCUUUCCUCCAAGGAAGGGGAGGACCCUGUGAUCCAACUGAAUCUUCCUGACAGACUGGGGAAAAGGAAAACCGUCAUGGGUGGAAAAACUUUCCUUCCCCUGAGGAGGAACGUUGCUGACAGGCUGGGGAGGAAGGCAGAGCUGCAGGAAAACUCUGAAAAGGCCCCAAAAAGAGGCACAGUUCAAGUCCUGAAGUCCCUGAAGGAGAGGCUGGGGCUGCCCUCUGAGCAGAGCAGCACUGAGACAGACAAAGCUGCCAAACCCAUCGAGGAGAUCCGGGUGAAAACCCUUGAGGAAAUCCGCCUGGAGAGAGCCAACCAGAGGAGAGGAGAACCCCCAGCCAAAAUCCCAGGAGAAGGAAGGAAAACUGAAGAUCCAAAUUCAGGAGCAAAACCCUCCCCUGCUGCCCGCAGCAAAUCCCUGACUGGAGCCCUGGUGGAAAAAAACCACAAGAGGCUGGGAGAGGAGAAGGAAAAACCCGAGGAAUUCAGCAGCAGGGCCAAAAGUGAGGCAGAUCCCAGGAAACAGAACAUUCCUGCUCCAGCUGGGGCAGGCAGGGUGCAGCUGGCAGAGGCUGGAAGAGCCAAAGGAGCUGGAGAAGUUCGGAUCAAAACCCUGGAGGAGAUCAAGAGGGAGAAGGCGCUGAGGCUGCAGCAGAGCGGGGAGAACCUUCCUGCUGCUGCUGCCCCGCCUGAGGCUGCCCUGAGGGGCAGGAAACUGCUCAGGGUCACCAAGCUGCUGGCACCUGGAAGAGAAGAAAAAAUGAUCGUGGAGCUGAACAAACCUUCCCCCAAAAAUGGCUCUGCCCCUGCUGAGAAUUCAGGGAAUUCUGGAAUUCAGGUGAAGAGCCUGGAGGAAAUCAUGUGGGAGAAACGGCAGCAGAAACAACGGCAGGAGGAGAAACUGCAGCAGGGAGCUGGGGCAAUUCCAGCUGAAAACCAGGAAAAAAUCCAGGAUAAAAACCAGGAAAAAACACCAGGAUCAGGGAGCCCCGAGGCUGCUGUGGGGCCAGCCCAGCUGGGCAGGAGGAGAGGGGGAAAACCCGCCGAGGAUGGAGUGGGAACCCCAGAGAAGGAGCCAGGGAAAAAGGGAGCUCAGCUGCCCGAGAGGAGAGGCAGAGCCAAAUCCAAGGUGUGCCUGAAGCCUCUGGAUGCCAAAGCCCCUCCCAAGCAGCCCCUGAAGAGGAAGGGCCCCGAGGGCGACGCCCCUGCUGUGGUGGCAGUGAAGCCACUCAGUGCCACCAGCGGGGACACCCAGGAGCCCCCAGCCAAGGUUGUUCCCCCUUCUCCAGUGGACAGCCCAGGCUCCAACCCUCGGAGGGAGAAUUCCCAGGGCAGCCCCGAGCUGCAGCCUGGCAGCCAGGGGCAUUCCCUGGCACACUCGGAGGGGUCUGGAUCUUCCUCCUCGUCCUCCUCCUCCUCCCUGGAGGCUCCCCUGAAGCUGCGGCGCCUGAGCUCGGCCGGCGCCGCCAAGGCCGCGCUCUCGGUGGAGGACGACUUCGAGAAGCUCAUCUGGGAGAUCUCUGGGGGAAAACUGGAGGCAGAAAUCGACCUGGAUCCAGGGAAGGACGAGGAUGAUCUCCUGCUGGAACUGUCAGAGAUGAUUGACAGCUGAGAGGGGAGGUUUUGGAAAAAAAAAAACACCCAGGAAAAAAAAGACGCGACACCAAAAACAAAAAACCCUGAAAAAGCAAAAUUUCCUCCUCACAUCCCACAGAAAUCCUGUAAAUGUUGUUGGAUCCGUGGAGGAGAUCCUUGGCCAGCUGCAAGCACAGCUGGGUUGUUAGGAUUAGGCAGAGUCUGCUCUCAGUUAUCCCAAAAUCCCGGGCUGGGUUUGUCCGGCGCUCCUCCCCGCGGCACAGGAGCGCCCCGAGGGGCCCAGAUCCCAUCUCCAGAGCUCCCUCCUGGACUGAGAAUCCCAAAAAAGCCUGGAGUUACUGUGUCAACUCUGGAAGCCACGGAUGGACUCGCGUUUGGGGGGAAUUCGGGGAAAAGAGGGAAAGUCUGAGGCAGGAUUUUGGACCAAAGCCUGCCAGGGUGAGCCUGGCUCGGGAUGAUCUGGGGGAUUGUUUUUUUUCCUGGGAUCCUGCCACGAGGGAAAGCAAAAUUCCUCCUGGAAUUGGGGGGAAGGGAGCAUUGCUUCAAGUGCCUCUGCGUUCUGAGGAUUUCUCCCUGCAGGAUUUCUCCCACAUCCAGCUGGGAAGGGGAAAAAAAAAAAAAAAAACACCUGGAAUGUUCCCCCUUGGCUGCUUCCCUCCUUUCCAGCCCCUUGGAGAUGGGAUUGCCUGGAAUCCCCCUGGGGUUUGUUUUUUCAUUUUGUUUUGGGGUUGUUUUUUGGGGGUUUUUUUUCUGUAAAUAUUUUAUUCUUCCAUUUUAUAUUUGUAUGAUUCUAUUUAAGGGAUUAAAGGUAGGCUGCUCACU